GCUCCAGAUGGCAUCAAGGGAGACACCCUGAUCGACAUUGGCAGUGGCGCAACCAUCCACCAAUUCCUCUCCGCCUGCGAGUCAUUCCGGGAGAUCAUAGCCACCGAUUACGCUCUCCAGAACCGCGAGGAAGUUCAACGAUGGCUGAAGAAGGAGCCAGGAGCUUUUGAUUGGACCCCCAUCGUGAAAUAUGUCUGUGAUUUGGAAGGAGAUAGGGAAAAAUGGCCAGAGAAGGAAGAGAAGGUCCGAAGAGCCGUCAAACAAUACCUGAAAUGUGAUGUGACCCAACCCAACCCUUUGGCUCCGCUGGUUCUUCCUCCUGCAGAUUGUCUGCUCUCCACCCUGUGCUUCGAUGCAGCUUGCAAAGACAUCCCUACCUAUCGAUCUGCCUUCAGGAACAUCAGUUCCCUUCUGAAACCAGGGGGGCACCUCCUGUUUAAUUCAUCCCUUGAAGGGCACUACUAUACGGUUGGCCAACACCAUUUCUCUCUCCUCUACCUGGAGAGGGAGGUAAUAGAAGAGGCAGUGAGACAGGCUGGCUUUGUCAUUAAAUGGAUUGAGGAGACUAGAAUCAACUGCCCCCCGUCCGAAGCGGAUUCAAAAGGGCGGUGCAUCCUUCUUGCCCAGAAAUGUAGCCCAUGAAAUAAGGCAGCUGUCGAUGUAACUUCCAGAGGCUUCCCCAGCAUAUUGUAAGGAUUUUGUUAUACAAGUUAGGGAAAGCACACACCACAUGGCUUCUGUGAUCCUUUCCUAGAAGGUGCAUAGAAAAUGGUUUUGUGUGUAAUAAGGUAACAUUUUGUAUCUCUGUGGUGUGUGAUGGUUUCUGCUUUGCUUGACUACGUCAUGUUCAAUAACAUUGUGAUCAACUGUAAGCUGAGGGUAUAUAUUGGUCCAAUGUCUGAUUUUUUAAAAAAAUAAUUAAAUGAUGCUGUGCUUCAAUGGUUAGAUGGGUUAUAGACUGGUAUUUGAAUACAGAUAUUUUUAAAUUUAUAUUUGAUUGUGUUUUACUGAUCUAGGUGAAAUGUUAAUAUAUAUUGCUGGUCCAUUUGUGAAAUGUC